UUUUUUUUCUCCUCUUCUUCCUCUCGUGUGCAGCAGAUCUUCCCAUGCAUUGUAACGGUGUUGAAGAACAUAAACCCCUGAAACACAAUGCCUCGACAUCUGUAAUGGCCUGUUGACUUUCGGAUGUGAUUUCUGUGGGAUAAACGAUUGUCAGGAUCCCGAAAACAGAGAUGUAGUCUGUACUCUGGUCCGAAGACUCUGAGGUCUCACUAUGCUGCUUUAUCUGCUGCCGGCCUUCUUACUAACACACACCAAUGGCCAGAUAGACCCAGCUCACUGUCGGUAUCCUCUCGGCAUGGAGGAUGGCAGGAUCAAAAACGACGACAUUACAGCCUCCAGCCAGUGGUACGACAGCACAGGCCCUCAAUAUGCAAGGUUGAACCGUGAGGAGGGAGAAGGUGCCUGGUGUGCUGCUGGUCAACUGCAGCCCUCAGAUGUUCAGUAUCUUCAGAUUGACCUUCGUCAGCUCAUCUUCCUCACCGUUGUUGCCACACAGGGACGCUACGCUCGCAACUCCGGCAUCGAAUUCGCACGCAAGUACCGUCUGGAGUACAGCAGAGAUGGACACCGCUGGAUCUCCUGGAGAAACCGCUUCGGCAAUGAGAUUAUAAUGGGCAAUGUGAACACCUACGACACUGUGGUGCGAGAUCUCCAUCCUCCCAUCAUCACUCGAUUCCUGCGCCUGAUUCCUGUCACUGACGCCGUUCACACUGUGUGUAUGAGAGUGGAGCUGUUUGGGUGCGCCUGGCAGGAUGGCCUGAUGGCGUACAGCUCUCCGGAGGGUCAAAUCAUGAUGGCUCCUGGAUUUCCCAUUACAUCCCUCAAUGACUCUACAUAUGACGGACCCCUGGAGCGCAGGAAGUUGUCGGGGGGUCUGGGUCAGCUGGCCGAUGGGGUGGUCGGCCUGGAUGAUUUCGUGGAGAGCAGGCAGUACCGACUGUGGCCCGGAUACGACUAUGUGGGCUGGAGGAACGAUGGCUUGGGCCCUGGAUAUGUGGAGAUGGAGUUCCAGUUUGACAGACAACGAAACUUCACCUCCAUGAAGGUUCACAGCAAUAACAUGUUCUCUAUGGGUGUGAAGAUCUUCUCGUCUGUGUCCUGCGUAUUCAAGCUGCACCUCAUUUCUGAAUGGGAGUCUGAACCGGUGGAGUUUCACACAGUUAUAGAUGACAGGAAUCCGAGCGCUCGUUACGUGACCAUCCCGUUAAAGCACAGAUCGGCCACAGCUCUGCGCUGCCGCUUCUACUUCGCGGACACCUGGAUGAUGUUCAGCGAGAUCUCCUUUCAGUCUGUAACUAUUGUGCUUCCUACUAAGAAACCUCCAGUUUUGACGCCUCCUUCAUAUGAAGCUAACAGCGAAAUACCAGAAACUACACAAAAAACAGAGGACUGGACGACGCCAACAAAGACGGGCUCUCCAGAAGAGGGCAAUACUUCCAUUCUGAUUGGCUGUCUGGUGACUAUUAUUCUGCUGCUGGUGGUGAUCAUCUUCCUCAUUCUGUGGUGCCAGUAUGUGUGCAAAGUCCUGGAGAAGGCUCCAAGGCGUAUUUUGGAGGAGGAGGUGGCUGUGCGUUUGUCGUCCAGCAGUGACACCAUUAUCUUGCAGACUCCUCCAGUGCCUCCGCGAGUCUCCAUCGACCCUCCGUAUGAGAGGAUUUUCCUGCUGGACCCCCAGUAUCAGGACCCUGCUGCGCUCAGGAACAAACUUCCAGAGCUUUCUCAAAGUGCAGAGACUUCAGCCUGUAGUGGAGGAUACGCAGAGCCAGAUGUGACACUCUGCACCCCUCACCAGAGUUUUCAGAGCAGCGCACCGCACUAUGCAGAAACAGACAUCAUCAGCCUGCAGGGUGUCACCGGCAGCAACAUGUACUCGGUCCCAGCACUCACCGUCGACUCCCUGACCCGGAAGGACAUCUCUGUGGCUGAGUUCCCUCGACAGAGACUGCUGUUCAGAGAGAAACUGGGAGAGGGGCAGUUUGGAGAGGUGCAUCUGUGUGAGGCAGAGGGAUUAGCAGAGUUUUUGGGGGAAGGUGCACCUUUACCGGAGCAGGACGGCAGGCCAGUGCUGGUAGCAGUGAAGCAGCUCAGAGCAGAUGCCACCAGCAAUGCCAGGAAUGAUUUCCUGAAGGAGAUAAAGAUCAUGUCUCGUCUGAAUAACCCGAACAUCAUUCAGCUGCUGUGUGUUUGCGUGAGCUCGGACCCGCUCUGCAUGGUGACCGAAUACAUGGAGAACGGAGACCUUAACAUGUUCCUGUCCCAGAGAGAGAUCGAGAGCACGCUCACACACGCCAACAACAUUCCCUCCGUCAGCAUAGCUGACCUGUUGCACAUGUCAGUUCAGAUCUCGUCUGGGAUGAAGUAUUUGGCUUCUCUGAACUUUGUGCAUCGUGAUCUGGCCACACGAAACUGCCUGCUGGACCGUCACCUCACCAUAAAGAUCUCUGACUUCGGCAUGAGUAGAAACCUUUAUAGCAGUGAUUACUACCGUAUACAGGGGCGAGCAGUGCUGCCGAUACGCUGGAUGGCCUGGGAGAGCAUAUUACUGGGUAAGUUCACCACUGCUAGUGACGUGUGGGCAUUUGGAGUGACUCUGUGGGAGAUCUUCACUUUAUGUAAGGAGCAGCCCUACAGCCUGCUGUCUGAUGAACAGGUGAUCGAGAACACCGGAGAGUUCUUCAGGAACCAGGGCAGACAGAUCUUUCUCUCCGCUCCGCCGCUCUGCCCAUCCUCCCUCUUCAAGCUGAUGAUGCGCUGCUGGAGUCGUGACAUCACAGACCGGCCAUCGUUUAACAAAUUGCAUCAGGCCCUGCGAACUUUUGCACCCCAUUCGUGACUGACAUCUGCUCUACUAAAACAACCUGGAGGAAAACUGUUAUAAACAUAGAGCGGGAACAUUAUAGCCACAAUGUAGCGUCAUCACGGCAUCGUAAAUCCAGAAGAGAGAUCUAGAGGGGAUGAGGUUUCACAGAAAAAGGCAUUCACUAGCUCACUAAACAUUCAUCUCUAUUGAGACUCUUUUAAAAAAAAAAUCCACUUGAGACACUUGAGAUUUUUUUUUUUUUUGUAUUUUUUAUUGUUGUUACUUCCUUUCAAGUACAAUUAGCUUUCUCUCUCUCUCAUAAAUGUAUUUCUGUUCGUCGUUUUCCCAGAAAAACAGCGAGUCUUGAGCCUACUGUGUAUUCUAGGCGGAACUGGACGAAUGUCUUUGUCAAAGCUGUGGUUUGUGUAUCGUUAAGCACUGCUGUCAUUUGGUUUUAUUUGGUUUUAUUUGUUCCUAAUUCACCCCCACACUGGAGUUUCUGUGUCUUUUUAUGAUAUUAAGUGUUUUGCUCUCUGAAUAUGAAUGUUUUUUUACAGGUUCUUAUGGAUACGGCCGGGUUGGAGACUUGCUCUGCCUGGAUCUAGCAGAACUACUGUUAUAGUUAGAUUAAAAUCCCUUUCCGAGGAGAGGGUUGUAGAGCCAACAAUGGACUGACGUGCAAUUGAAUGCACUGUUUCUUCCCCCGAUUUAUACGAGGCCACUUUAAAGUUGAUAUGAAACCAAAAUGGACCCUAUUAUGUUUUCAUCCGAGCAUUUUCCAAAGAACACAAUGCCAAUGAACUCAUUGAAAAUCU